UCUACUAAUUACAAACGUAUCUGAGUUUAUAAUAAGCAUAAUUCGACCCUAUUGCUAUCUCGCUAAAGUAGCAAUCCGCAAAUCUUAUUACGGUAUUUUCAGCAAUGUUAAAUGCGUUUUGCAUCAGCAGCUUGGAAAUUAGUCCAUAAUAAACGUCAGUUUCCUGAAAAUGGUCGCCUCGCUUUUUCUGGCUUAUGUUUUUUUUCUAAUGAAUUGACUGAAAAAUUCGAAAUUACGGCUUAAAUAUGAGUGAUAAAGAAAUUACGAUGGAAGACUUGGAAGAAACGGCCCAACAAACCGAGGAGCAGCUAGACCUGCUGGCGUGGAAGAUGGAGGGCGACAAGGACCUGGCCGUGCCCGUGGACAGCCAGGACAUGUGCGUCAUGACUCUGCUCAAGUCAGUCUCGGAGGUGCGGUCGGACUACACGGCGCUCCGCCGCGAGCUGGUCGAGGUGCAGCAACUACAGAGGGAGCUGUCCGCGCGGCUGCGGGCUCAGCUGAGGCUGGUGCAUGGCAAGUUUGCUAAACUACGGCAGAGGCUCGCGGUCGCUGACCAACACAUGCAGGCACAUCAACGAUAGACAGGAGACUAGUACAAGUUUCAAACAGUACACAAAAGUAGUAAAAGUCUCCCAGCUUUUUUUUCCGAAGGCGAGGUCCCCGACUCUAGGACUUUCUUUUUAAAAGAAGGUAUGGGGCCAAAAGUAAGGGCACUCGGGCCAUAAUUUGAAGACUCCUGGUCUAAAGGAUCUUCUUCUUAGUCGUGCACUCUUGACAGAGUGGUCGUGGUCAUGUCACGGUAUAAAGGAUCUACUAAACAGGAAUUAUACAAGAGGCACAGGUUCUCUCAAGCUUCUAUAGAUCCUAUCUCACAUAAUGCCUCUUCAAGAAGUGCCAAAAUAGUUCCCUUGCACAUCCAACGUACUCCCGCCACGGUCUUAUACUGGUGAGUACCACACUAGACCCACUAGGGUACCCUUAUGAACUUAUUACUAGUCAAAGCAUCACAGAUUUUAACUAAGAACAAUAAAUUGAUCUUUAUUAUGUAAUCGAACUAUGUGCCAAUAACUUAGUUUUAGAGUAUCAAGCACGGUUGUAGAAAAAUAUAUCUUAUUAGGCCUGAGAUAUAUUAGUAUAAAAAACUAUAGUUUACAUGUACCGUACCUACUCAUAAUGUUACUGUUCAAUUCAUCAUUGUAUCUCAGGCCUUACUUAUAGUCCUUUUUUUUUAGCAUUAGAAAGAACUUCGCAGAAAUUCGCUUGUGGUUCUAAAUCUGGCACUUUUAGCGGUAACAAUUUGAUGUAAAUUAUAUGUAUUGACCAUGCUACAUUAGAUAAUUCAAUAAUUCUUCCUAAUGCUAAAAAAAAACGAACUAUAAACUUUAAUAAUUUAGCAACCAUUUCCUAAUACACAACUGUGUAGAACACACUUAAAAUAGCGAAUUAAUAAUACGACGAUAUAAUUAUUAUGAUACUUAAAAUAUUCACACAUGGGCAUCUGCACUUUAUUACUAUAUUAAGCGCCACUUGGGGUCAUCCA